AUGAGGGAGAGGAUGCCUAAAAAAGAGAUCGUGGAACCACAGUGGAUUCCUCAGAGAGAUUAUGCUAUCUCCUGUUUGAAGAUUUUUGAUCAUAUAGUGCACAUCUCGGUGCACUCGGUCUUGACUGAGGUUAUUGAAGAGCGAGCGACCUGCUCGUCCCCGACAGGUGCGCCCCCUGGCGUGCAGAGUGGAGACAUCCGCCCUACCCCUGCAGGAAGGAGCCAGGUGGGCAGCAGUACCUCGCGCGGCCACCAGGCGGCGAUGGCCGCAGCGCUGGCCGCCAGCCUCAGACCCCGCCCCGUGACCGUGGCCGUGACCGUGACCGCCCGCUGGGCCGGGCCUGCGUCGGGCCGGGCUGCUGCGCUGCGCCCCGGGAUGGCCCAGGGCUGCGCGCCGGGCGCCGAGGCCUCGGGGAGCGGCCCGGCGCUGCGGGCGCUCGUGCGGGAGGCGGAGACCAGCCUGCUCGAGUGCAAGGUGUGCUUCGAGAGGUUCGGCCACCUGCAGCAGCGGCGCCCGCGCAACCUGCCCUGCGGCCACGUGGUCUGCCUGGCCUGCGCGGCCGCCCUGGCGCACCCGCGCACGCUGGCCCUCGAGUGCCCCUUCUGCCGGCGAGCCUGCCCGGCCGGCGACACCAGCGACUGCCUGCCGGUGCUGCACCUGCUGGAGCUCCUGGGCUCGGCGCUGCGCCCGGCCCCGGGCGCCCCCCGCGCUGCGCCCUGCGUCCCCGGGAACCUCACCUGCCACCAAGCCUUCGGCGGCUGGGGGACGCUGGUGAACCCCACGGGGCUGGCGCAGUGUCCCCAGACCGGGCGGGUCGUGGUGGUGCACGACGGCCGGAGGCGGGUCAGGAUCUUUGACUGCGGGGGAGCGUGUGCGCAACAGUUUGGGGAGAAGGGAGGUGCCGCCCAGGACAUUAGGUACCCGCUGGAUGUCACCGUCACCCACGACUGCCAUGUGGUUGUCACCGACGCCGGCGACCGGUCCAUCAAGGUGUUUGAUUUCCUCGGCCAGGUGAAGCUGGUCAUCGCAGGGCGGUUCUCUCUGCCUUGGGGUGUGGACACCACCCCUCAGAAUGGGGUCGUGGUAACUGAUGCCGAAGCGGGUUCGCUGCACCUCCUGGAAGUCGACUGUCCGGAAGGGGUGCUGCGCAGAGCCGAGAGGCUGCGAGCUCACCUGUGCAGCCCCCGAGGCGUGGCCGUGUCCUGGCUCACCGGGGCCAUCGCGGUCCUCGAGCGCCCCCUGGCGCUGGGGGCGGGCGCCUGCAGCACCACCGUCAAGGUGUUCAGCCCCGGGAUGCAGCUCCUCCGCCAGGUGGACACCUUUGGGCUGAGCCUCUUCUUCCCCUCCAAAAUAAUCGCCUCCGCCGUGACCUUUGAUCAGCAGGGAAACGUGAUUAUUGCGGAUACUUCCAGCCAGGCCGUCCUAAGCUUAGGGAAGCCCGAGGAGUUUCCAGUUCUGAAGCCCAUCAUCACAUGUGGUCUUUCCCAUCCCGUGGCCCUGACCUUCACCAAGGAGAGCUCUCUUCUUGUGCUGGACAGUGCGUCCCAUUCUGUAAAGGUCUAUGAGGUUGACGAGGGCUGAUGGGGUGCACUCCUGAACCCCGAGUCUGGAGUCAGAAGCCCUGGAGCGGCGUUGAUGAAUGAACUAGUUAGCCCUGGAUAAUCCACCAAAGUUCAUUUCUCCAAUAGGGAGAAUUAUGACUGCCUGAUAGGCUUGUGAAAGUUGAGGCAGGUAUUAAAGAAGAAGAAUAAAUUUGCCAUUUAUUGGGUAUGUACUCCCUGUGCUAAGAAAUAGAUGAAUAGUUGAGGCAGGUAUUAAAAAAGAAGAAUAAAUUUACCAUUUAUUGGGUAUGUACUCCCUGUGCUAAGAAAUAGAUGAAUAUUUGCUUAUUUAAUCCUUGCAAAUACCCAGUGUGGUGGUGUCUGUUACUAAUGCCGUUUUAGAAGUUAGGAAGGUCACAUUUGUGACUCCCAGGUCACAUUUACCGAAUGUGACGAUCACAGUUGAAUUUAAUUCUGACGCAAAACCCCUUGCUCUUAAGUGAGUUCACUUCAGAGGUGGGAGAAAUGUGGUUGUAUGUUGCUGCUGUGUGUAUUCUACUUGCAAGUUGCUAUUUCUUUCCUCGACUACACCAAGAUAGGAGACUUUAUAGAUUUCAGGAGAAAAUGGAUAUGGGUGGCCAUUGGUUUACUGCAAUUUGCAGCUCCUCUACAGGCCCAGGAGAUGGAGUUCCUGUGGAUCCGGAGCUAAUAAGAGAGACAAUUGAACUGCUAUUCAGAAGGUAAUCGUGUCUUUUCAUACCUGUGCCCCUUCACACACGCAGGUAGACACUCAGGAAAUACCGCUCGGUUAAUUGAUUAAUGCCUGUGUGGGUGACAGUCCUGAAUUACCGAGGUUACUAGCUAGAGGGCUGGAUGAUAUUCCUGUUACACGUUUAAGUUAAUAAAGAGCUAAAUCCCAUUGCAACUGGCUCCUGGCUGAAGUAGGUUUACUUGUCUUUUUAUCAUGAGCCGUGACCUUAAGUGCUUUUGUAAAGGGGAUUUUCUCUGUGCAAAUUAAAUUUGGACCGUGUGUUGCAACCACUGUGUUCUUGGUAAACAUUUCCUUGGCACUUAAGAGCAUUUAGGCCUCUGGUAAACACUUAAAUACUUCUUGAAUUUGAAGUAUAGCCUUGACUGAGGUAACACCUACUUAAUGUUGCUGCUGACGUGAUGCCCGAGAGUUACCUAACCAAAUCCUGUCCUGUUUCGGUUGGGGGAGAGCAGGUGCUUUAAAAGAAUUGUCCCAGGUGACUCUGUGUGCAGCCAGUUUAGGUCACACGGCUCAUCAGACUAGUCCCAGCGGUCCCUUUGUGGUGUCUUCUCCCCCACAUCUUCAUCCCAACUUGUGUCAGCACUAGUGAGACACUGCGAAUUUCUAGGAAAUACACUGUGGUCAUUCAGAUGACCAAAAAGCAUAUUUCUCACCCAUUUGGCUUCAUUCACAGUUCCUGGCUCACAGCUCCAAAAGCCUUGGAAUUUCCUAUACAUGCAGGGUGACACUGGUGUCUCAUCAUAUUCCUGAGGUGACGCUCAGGGAAUCACUAAGAUUGGGAACUGUUGUCUGGAGAACCAAGCAAGUGGUAAAAAGGUUGGAAUUUGGGCCUCCCUGGUGGUACAAGGGGUUAAGAUGCAAUCUAUGAAGGUGUCAGCAGCCUCUGCAGCACGAGUUUGAUCCCCGGCCAGGGAGAUACCCACAUGGCACGGCAGACCUCUCCUGUCUCACCUGCUGCUGCCCUCAGCAGUGUAUUUUGGUCAAUCUGCCUGUUCUGUUCCCCACUCUGUCUCUGGUGAAUGCUCUCACCCCCCCGCACCUCUGGCCUGUACUUGCGUGCAUGCAUAAGCAAAUAUUUUUUUUAAAAAAGGUUAGAACUUCCACUCUUUCCAAAUGGGGACACCCAAUGGCCUCUUCUACAUCUCCUUCCUGUUUUGUGCCCUUCUCUUGGGGGUGUAUCUGUCAUCACUAUCUGCCAUCACCACCCCGGGUCCCUGGAUUGCACAAGUAACAUAUGUUCGUUGUAGUACUGGAAAAUGUAGAUGAGCAUAAAGAUAUUUAAUCACUUUUAAUUAGAGAAAACUGUUUCCAAUUGUGAGUUGAAUUGACUCAUCACUGUGGUGUUCCUAGAAAUCACUCCAUAAUCCAAAUUUGUAAAACACUGACUAUAGCACAUAAAUUACAAGCUGUUAUACAAAGUGAAGUGAAGUUCAAUUUUGGAGCUCCCAAACAUAAGAGGUCUCUGUGAUGGGGAGAAAGGGAGGCAGAGAAGAGAGAGACAGACAGAGAGAGGGAUUUCACCAAAUGUUCCCUCUGCUCCCUGCAGUUCAGCGGUACCGUGACUGGGUCUUGCUGUGAGUAGAAUCCAGACAAAGCAGGACACGGGUAAAUGUUAGAGACAAGGUAUAAGUCUCAAGUUUUAUAAUGAAAGCUUUAGAAUUUACAGAGACAAACUGUCAGAUUUUGUACAGUGCAAUUUAUUUAUGCAUACAAAAACUGGGGUGUAUGCCAGAGAUGUGGUGUGCGUGUGUGUGUGUGUGAGAGAGAGAGAGAGAAAAGAUUCACCAGAGACAGAGUGGGGAGCAGAACAGGCAGACUAACUGAAACACACUGCUGAGGGGAGCAGUGGGUAAGA